AUGUCCUGUCUCUGCAUCAGAGGGAUUUUUCUCACUCUGUGUUUGGCUCCAACUGCUUUGUCCAGCCUGCACCCUGAAUGCGAGUUCAUAUUUCAGCUGGAGAAAGAGGAGCGUAGCUGCGCUCAGUACGUUGCAGAGCAGGGCAACAGAAGCACAGAAGGCUGUCGGCCAUUCUGGGACGCUGUGGUCUGUUGGCCUCAUGCGGUCGUCGGGGAAGUGGUCCACAGAGCUUGUCCCGCAGUCUUCUCCCUCUUCAGAAACAACACAGGUUCGGUGAGCCGUAACUGCACCAGUGCCGGCUGGUCCAGACCUUUACCACCGUACCACACCGCCUGCAGCGUGGAUGACGACAUCCCUGAGAUGGAGCAGACAUACUUUGCCACAGUGAAGCUGAUAUACACCGUGGGCUACAGCAUCUCUCUAGCGGUGCUGGCCGCUGCCGUGCUGAUCCUGCUGCUCUUCAGGAGGUUGCGUUGUGCCAGGAACUGCAUUCACAUCCAGCUCUUCAUCACAUUUAUCCUGAAAGCCGUGGCGGUGUUCAUAAAGGAUGCUACUCUGUUCUCAAGUGACGACACCAACCACUGCACCCUCUCUACGUUUGCCUGUAAGGCCUCUGUGGUCUUCUGCCACUACUGUGUAAUGGCCAAUUUUUUCUGGCUCCUGGUGGAGGCACUCUACCUCAAUUCCCUGCUGCUUUCGUCCUUCUAUCACAGCCGUCGGUGCCUCUGGGGCUUCAGCCUGCUGGGAUGGGGUGUACCUGUGCUCUUCAUCGUCCUGUGGAUUGGAUCCAGGGUGUACUUUGAGGACACAGAAUGCUGGGAUAUCAACGAAGACUCACCCUAUUGGUGGAUCAUCAAGGGACCGAUUGUUGUGUCUAUAGCGAUCAACUUUAUGCUCUUCAUGAACAUAAUCAGAAUCCUGAUACAGAAGCUCAAUCCUCGGCUGAUCCAGUUCAAUAACUCCUCUCAGUACAGACGCCUGACUAAGUCCACCCUCCUCCUCAUCCCUUUGUUUGGUACUCACUACAUGUUCUUCAAUUUUCUGCCCGACUACUUCAAUGUUAACCUACGCCUCUGUAUCGAGCUGUGCAUGGGAUCCUUCCAGGGGCUUCUCGUCGCAAUCCUCUAUUGCUUUCUCAAUCAAGAGGUCCAGAAAGAGGUCCACAUGCAGUGGCUGAGGUGGCAGGAGCGGAGCUAUGGAGUGGUGUCACCUGCUGCAAAGGGCAGCCAGAUGGACACACCCUUCUAG